AUGGUGAGUGCUGUUUAUCAUGAUUAUAGUAGUUUUGCUAAUACUACUACAUUUACCGAUGUCUAUUCCAAUUUUAAUCAAAUUCCUGAAUUAAAUAUAUUUGAAAAACUAUGGGGGUCAUAUUAUUAUUAUAUUAAUCAUGAUUUAUUUGCAACUGGGUUAUUAUUUUUUUUAACUCAUGAACUCAUGUAUUUUGGUCGUUGUUUACCAUGGUAUAUAAUUGAUAGAAUACCAUAUUUCAAUCGUUAUAAGAUUCAAGAAACUAAGAUUCCAAGUAAUAGAGAACAAUGGGAAUGUUUAAAAUCAGUUCUUACUUCACAUUUCUUAGUGGAAGCAUUCCCAAUUUGGUUUUUCCAUCCAGUGGCUGAAUUCAUUAACAUUAGUUUCCAAGUACCAUUCCCAUCAUUAAGAACAAUUGGAUUUCAAUUGGCUGUUUUCUUUAUUUUAGAAGAUGCCUGGCAUUAUUGGUUCCAUAGAGGAUUACACUAUGGAGUUUUUUAUAAAUAUAUUCAUAAACAACAUCACAGAUACGCUGCUCCAUUUGGAUUGGCUGCAGAAUAUGCUCAUCCAGUUGAAGUUAGUUUAUUAGGUUUAGGAACCGUGGGGAUUCCCUUGGUUUAUGGUUAUUUCACUCAAAAUUUACAUUUAUUCACUAUUAAUACUUGGAUUAUUCUCAGAUUAUUUCAAGCAGUUGAUUCUCAUUCUGGUUAUGAAUUUCCUUGGUCUUUACAUCAUUUCUUACCAUUCUGGGCUGGUGCUGAUCACCAUGAUGAACACCAUCACUAUUUCAUUGGGGGUUAUUCAUCUAGUUUUAGAUGGUGGGAUUACUUUUUGGAUACCGAAGCUGGUCCAAUUGCUAAACAAAAGAGAGAACAUAGAAUGAAACUUAAUGCUGAAAAAUCCAAAGUUGCUUAA